ACCUCUUUGAAAUAAUUCGAAUAGACGCCAAUGUUACAGGUGCCGGUUGGGCAACGUUCGUCUCAUCAGUAGGCUUGUGCGUUAGUACAACGCUAUUGUUUUUAUACGUGUUCCGAGUAGUAGAUUCUCUUCCGCAAGUACCAUGGAUUGUGGGAGAAAUGUGUUUUUACUUCGCCUGGACGAUCUUCUUCUUCAUCGCGGCUUCCGUACUGGCGGUUGCGGCGGCGCGUUUCACCGCCACUGGAGGCUGGGCUGUUGCAGCGGUCUGUACCUGA